CGCGCGGCCCCGGAUGCGGCCCCGCCCCCGCGGAACCGGAAGUGAGAGGGCGCUGGGCGCAGCGGGCGCGGCGGGAGCCAGGCGGACCUGGAGGUGCACAGGCCGGGGGGGCGCCGACAGAUCAUCCACAGAUGCCCACGCAGCCCUCGCUGGAUUCCCGGGAUCUGGAUAAACUUCUGUGAGCUGCUUUCCCAGCAGGAGAGAGAGAUGUGGAAGGCGUCGGCAGGCCACGCCGUGUCCAUCACCCAGGAUGACGGCACAGCCGAUGACUGGGAGACCGACCCUGAUUUUGUGAACGACGUUAGCGAAAAGGAACAGAGAUGGGGUGCCAAAACCGUGCAGGGGUCGGGGCACCAGGAACACAUCAACAUUCACAAGCUGCGAGAGAACGUGUUUCAAGAACAUCAGACACUCAAGGAGAAGGAGCUAGAGACGGGACCCAAAGCCUCCCACGGCUAUGGCGGGAAGUUUGGUGUGGAGCAGGACAGGAUGGACAAGUCAGCUGUUGGCCAUGAGUACCAGUCAAAACUUUCCAAGCAUUGCUCACAGGUCGACUCAGUCCGGGGCUUCGGAGGCAAGUUUGGUGUCCAGAUGGACAGGGUGGAUCAGUCUGCCGUGGGUUUCGAGUACCAGGGGAAGACUGAGAAGCAUGCCUCCCAGAAAGACUAUUCCAGUGGCUUUGGUGGUAAAUACGGUGUGCAGGCUGACCGUGUGGACAAGAGUGCCGUAGGCUUCGAUUACCAGGGCAAGACGGAGAAGCACGAGUCCCAGAAAGAUUACUCUAGAGGUUUUGGCGGCAAAUACGGGAUCGACAAGGACAAGGUGGACAAGAGCGCCGUGGGCUUUGAGUAUCAAGGCAAGACGGAGAAGCACGAGUCUCAGAAAGACUAUGUGAAAGGGUUUGGAGGAAAGUUUGGUGUGCAGACAGACAGGCAAGACAAAUGUGCCCUUGGCUGGGAUCACCAGGAGAAACCGCAGCUGCAUGAAUCCCAAAGAGACUAUAAGACUGGUUUCGGAGGCAAAUUUGGUGUUCAGUCCGAGAGGCAGGACUCCUCCGCUGUGGGGUUUGAUUACAAGGAGAGACUGGCCAAGCACGAGUCCCAGCAAGACUACUCCAAAGGAUUCGGUGGGAAGUUCGGGGUACAGAAGGACCGGAUGGACAAGAAUGCGUCCACCUUUGAAGAUGUGGCCCAGGUGCCCUCUGCCUACCAGAAGACUGUCCCUCUAGAGGCUGUGACCAAUAAGACCAGUAAUAUCCGCGCUAACUUUGAAAACCUGGCGAAGGAGCGAGAACAGGAAGACCGACGGAAGGCGGAAGCAGAGAGAGCACAGCGGAUGGCCAAGGAGAGACAGGAGCAGGAAGAGGCUCGCAGGGAGCUAGAAGAGCAAGCCAGAACCAAGAAGCAGACACCCCCUGUGUCCCCCAGUCCUCAGCUGGCUGAGGACAGACCGCCCUCCAGCCCCGUCUAUGAGGAUGCAGCCUCGUUCAAGGCAGAGCCGAGCUAUGGAGGCCCCUCAGGUGGGAGUGAACCUGAGCCUGUGUACAGCACCGAGGCUGCGGGGGUCCCAGAGGUGGGCAGCCAGCAGGGCCUGGCCUAUGCCUCCGAGCCUGUCUACGAGACCACUGACAUCCCAGGCCAUUACCAAGCAGGGGAAGACACCUAUGAUGAAUUUGAAAGUGACCUGGGCAUCACAGCCAUCGCCCUCUAUGACUACCAAGCUGCGGGCGAUGACGAGAUCUCUUUUGACCCCGAUGAUAUCAUCACCAACAUUGAAAUGAUAGACGAUGGCUGGUGGCGAGGGGUGUGCAAAGGCAGGUACGGGCUCUUCCCGGCGAACUACGUGGAGCUGCGGCAGUAGAGUGGGCGCCCGCCUGUGCCGGCACCGGAUUCACACUACAGAUCAUCUGCGUGGGUUUGGGUUUGGGUUCUGGUAUUUGUUUUUUCUGAGGGCGGUGGGGGAUAUACAUAUUGCCUUUAUAUUUAAUACUUAAGCUGAUGCUUUGGGACACGUCUGUGCCACAGAAUUUGCUAAUAUAUGGUAAUCAUGUUCUGAGGAGAACUUGGUAAUCACUUUGACCCAUCAGAAGCUCUUUCUUUUUCUGCCCAGUUGACUGUCAUGUGUAGCCAUUUCAGGGGUCUGUGGCUCUCUUGCAGUCAGUAGUGCAUGUGGCAUUGUGCCCCUUUGUGACAGUCAGGGGUCCCCUGGGAUGGAGAUGACAGUGUUCCCAUAGUGGCCUCAUGGGUGCCAGGAGGCAGUGGCCUGGUGAGGUAGAGGUUCUCUGGGGUUUAGCGUUUGGAAGGAGAGGAAAGGGGACCAAGGGAAAGGAAUUGAUGGAGGCGGGAUGCUGACCAGCACAGGAGGGUUGGCACGCGGAAGCCCCAUCUUUGGGUGCUGAUGACUUGAGCCAGGUCCCAGGCUUUGUUUUGUUCCUCCUCAUUUUGUCCUGUCCCUGCACCUCCCCUGGGUUCUGGUCUCAGGUGAGCAUCUUCUCCUGCCCUGCCUGAAGUGUUCUGUCCCUUGCCUGGCCAUCUUGGUCCAGGCCCAUAGCGCAGGCUGUGUCUUAGAGACCCACCAACAGCUGGUCUUGGGCAGCUGGUCCUGGCUCGGCCUGCAGUGCAGUGCUGGGGUUUUGGACUGGUUCAUGAUGUUGUGCAGUCUGGGAUGUGGGCAGGCAGGUACUGUUUCCCUGUGAGCUGCUAGAACCAUGCUUCCCUGCAGGGGAGCUGUGUGCUCUCUUUGCCAAAUAUGUUCAGUAGGGAUUUGUUGAUUAAUGGAUGGAUUGAUUGACUGACAGUACUAUGAGUGAGCCAGUGCUCUACCCAGGGUGCAGGUGAGGUGCGGGUGCAGGCCAUGGCCUCCGGGAACAACUGCCCCCGAGCUACCAUCAACUCUCCUGGGUGCAUACAGGUCCCUCCUGAGACCCCAGGAGGCAGGACCAAGCUGGUUUCACACAGUCGGUGGACAGCUGGUCCCUGUGACAGAUCAGUAGCAUCUCGGCCUUUGGAACACACAAGGGUUGCUGUGUGCGCUCUUCCUCCCCACGCCCUCUCCUGCUCAGUCCUUGCAUCUCCACCACUGGGUCGGGUUUUCUGGGUGACUUACCAUAUCUGGGAUUCUGUAGCACACCUCGUGGGUAUGAUUUUUUUUAAUUAAAUAUUCAGAAUAAACUUUUUUGGAUCCA